UGCAAUAUGAUGCUGGUUUUUGAUAGCUCAUGAAGCAGUAGUCUGGUUAACAGAGGAUACAUCGUUUGGCUUAUGUCUCACAAAUGUCCUGAGAGAAUAGAUAGGUAUGGAGACUAGCCUGGGGAAAGUCUUUACAGAGUACAUCCGAAGGGUAAGACCGUCACUGGUCUUGUUCUCACCGUUCUGCCAAUUAUUGUUUCUUUCUGGCUGCUCUCUCCCACACGCCCUGCCAUCUGGAUGCAACGAUGGGAGACGGGAGAUAUUUUGAAACAUGAUAUGAUAACAUAGGCCAGGGCAACCAUGUUCUCGU